UGCUUGCCGCAGCUGCCAUCUUAGGGACUCCGGGCCGGGCCUGCUAGGCCUUUCCGGCGGCGGCGGCCGUGUGCGCGGCGGGUGCGCUCAGGGGCGAGGCGUAGGGUCCGUGGGCGGGGGGCCGAGCUUCCCGGCGGCGAAGGGCGGCCUGCGGCGGGCAGCGGGUGACAGGCGGCGGGCGCCGCGCGGCGCGAGGAUGGGCCGGUCGCGGAGCCGGAGCUCGUCCCGCUCCAAGCACACCAAGAGCUCCAAGCACAACAAGAAGCGCAGCCGCUCGCGCUCGCGCUCGCGGGACAAGGAGCGGGUGCGGAAGCGCUCCAAGUCCCGGGAGAGCAAACGGAACCGGCGGCGGGAGUCGCGCUCGCGCUCGCGCUCCACCAACGCGGCGGCGUCCCGGCGCGAGCGGGAGCGCGCCUCGUCCCCGCCCGACCGCAUCGACAUCUUCGGGCGCACGGUGAGCAAGCGCAGCAGCCUGGACGAGAAGCAGAAGCGGGAGGAGGAGGAGAAGAAGGCGGAGUUCGAGCGGCAGCGAAAAAUUCGGCAGCAGGAAAUAGAAGAAAAACUCAUUGAGGAAGAAACAGCACGAAGAGUGGAAGAAUUGGUAGCAAAGAGGGUAGAAGAAGAAUUGGAGAAAAGGAAGGAUGAAAUUGAGCGAGAAGUCCUCCGAAGGGUGGAAGAGGCCAAACGCAUCAUGGAAAAGCAGUUGCUCGAAGAACUCGAGCGACAGAGACAAGCUGAGCUUGCAGCACAAAAAGCCAGAGAGGAGGAAGAGCGAGCAAAGCGUGAGGAGCUGGAGCGGAUAUUAGAAGAAAAUAACCGGAAAAUCGCAGAAGCACAGGCCAAACUGGCUGAAGAACAGUUGAGAAUUGUUGAAGAACAAAGAAAGAUUCAUGAGGAAAGGAUGAAACUAGAACAAGAGCGACAGCGUCAACAAAAAGAAGAACAAAAAAUUAUCCUGGGCAAGGGGAAGUCCAGGCCAAAGCUGUCCUUCUCAUUAAAGACCCAGGAUUGAAUGGCAAACUGAACUUUUUACAAAGAAAAAUGAAAAACUUUGUAUUGUAGCUUCAUGUUGAAGUGGUUUUUUGUUUUUGUUUGUUUUUUUCUUUUUUUUUUUUUAAUUUGGAAAAUCUGGAAAGUUAGCUUGUUCUAAUAGGGGCUAUGCUCUGCAAUCCCUUUAUUUUCCCCCUUUUCCUCCAUGACAUCGAAUCCUUAUCAGAUCAUUGCUGUCUUCUAGAAGUGGUGUAUUUUUCACCUUUGGGAUUCUGUACUGUUUGGUGGUCUGCUAAGAGCAGGUCACUUGGUGACUAGCUGGUCUGGUAAGGUGUUCACUGACCACUGUUUACUACGUCAUAAUGCUGGUUUUGCUGACUUUUUGUUUUUUUAUACAUUUAUAAAAAAAGAAAAAGUUGGUAAUUGCAUUACAAAAUUCCCAGGGUUUUGCUGGCCUGUGUGUGGUGUGUUGUUACAGCAGUGUCCUUGUGGCACUGUGGCCCUUGGUGUUCCUGAGAACAGGUAAGGAUAACAGGUGGUCGCCUGCUACAGAAGCACCUGCAGUGCAGUACUGUCUCUGUUGGACUUUUGUUUCUUUAUUGACGAAAUCAAACCAGCAUUCCCCACUGUAAAUAAAUGAUUUUGCUGAAUAAAGUAAAGUCUUAAAUUCA